GUUUGACAAUUUUUCUGGGCUUUAGACCCGACGACGACGCAAAGGAGAAGAGAACCUGUGUUUUUUGGUUCUUCAAUGGCGACGAGAGGAUCGGUUAUGUCGCGAGCUCUUGCUACGGAAUUGGUCGUGUUGUUUCUCUGUUUGACUUUUCAUUGCAGCAAAGCUAUUUGGUUGUCGAUUCCGACGUCGGGGACGAAGUGCAUCUCCGAGGAGAUACAGAGCAACGUUGUUGUUUUGGCCGAUUACUAUGUCGUCGACGAGCAUAAUCCUAAUAACUCUCCCACAGUUUCUUCUAAGGUGACAUCUCCUUAUGGCAACACCCUCCACCACCAAGAAAACGUAACCCAUAGUCAGUUUGCAUUCACCACUCAAGAAUCCGGAAAUUACUUGGCCUGUUUCUGGAUUGAUUCGAGUCAGCAUCAACAAACCACUCCCAUAACCCUUGGAAUCGAUUGGAAGAUCGGCAUUGCAGCCAAAGAUUGGGACUCUGUUGCUAAGAAGGAAAAGAUGGAGGGUGUUGAGCUUCAGUUAAAAAGACUCGAAGGAUUUGUGCAGGCAAUUCAUGAAAACUUGAAUUACCUCAAAGCCAGGGAGUCCGAGAUGCGGGAAGUGAGCGAAGUGACCAACUCGAGAGUGGCUUGGUUCAGCAUAAUGUCACUCGGGCUUUGCCUCUUGGUUUCGGGUUGGCAGAUAUGGUACUUGAAAAGAUAUUUCCAGAAGAAGAAACUUAUCUAAAACACAUACCAUUAAGAGAAAGAGAGGGAUUUAGAUCAAUACUGUAGAAUCAUUAUAGACAUGACAGAGAAUUUUACAAAGUUGUACCAUUUUAUUUCCAAUGGUUGUUUCCGACAACAAAAUAAUAUCUUUCUCAUUUACCCGUGUAUGAUUUCUGUUGGAUAUACAACUUCACAAACACUUGGUUUCUA